AACUACUACUAACUACUAGUAAAUACCAAUAACUACAAGUAACUACUAGUAAAUACCAAAAACUACCAUCAACUACUAGUAACUACUAGUAACUACCAUCAACUACUAGUAACUAGUAACUACCGACAACUACUAGUAACUACCAGUAACUACUAUUAACUACCAGUAACUACUAGUAAAUACCAAAAACUACCAUCAACUACUAGUAACUACUAGUAACUACCAGUAACUACUAGUAACUACUAGUAACUACCAUCAACUACUAGUAACUACUAGUAACUACUACUAACUACUAGUAAAUACCAAUAACUACCAGUAAUUACCAGUAACUACUAGUAACUACCAGUAACUACUACUAACUACUAGUAACUACUAGUAACUACUAGUAACUACUAGUAAAUACCAGUAACUACUAGUAAAUACCUGCAAUAACUACAAGUAACUACUAGUAAAUACCAAAAACUACCAUCAACUACUAGUAACUACUAGUAACUACUAGUAACUACCAAUAACUACUAGUAACUACCACUAAUUACCAGUAACUACCGACAACUACUAGUAACUACCAGUAACUACUAGUAACUACUAGUAACUACCAGUAAGUACUAGUAACUACCGACAACUACUAGUAACUACCAGUAAAUACUAGUAACUACCAGUAACUACUACUAACUACUAGUAACUACCAGUAACUACUAGUAACUACUAGUAACUACCAGUAACUACUAAUAACUACCAUUAACUACUAGUAACUACCAGUAACUACUAGUAACUACCAGUAACUACUAGUCACUACCAUUAACUACUAGUAACUACCAUUAACUACUAGUAACUACCAUUAACUACUAGUAACUACCAGUAACUACUAGUAACUACUAGUAACUACUACUAACUACCAGUAACUACUAAUAACUACCAUUAACUACUAGUAACUACCAGUAACUACUAAUAACUACCAUUAACUACUAGUAACUACCAUUAACUACUAGUAACUACCAGUAACUACUAGUAACUACUAGUAACUACUAGUAACUACCAGUAACUACUAAUAACUACCAUUAACUACUAGUAACUACCAGUUACUACUAGUAACUACCAGUAACUACUAAUAACUACCAUUAACUACUAGUAACUACCAGUAACUACCAGUAACUACUAGUAACUACCAGUAACUACUAGUAACUGCUAGUAACUACUAGUAACUACCACUAGCUAUUAGGGAGAAGACAUAAUACUACAUAAUACACAGAGUGUAUAUUACCGGUGCACUUGUGGCUUUCUACCAUGAAGUAUAUACCGAGUUCUCUCUCUUGAUCGCAUGGUGUGGGGGCUGGGUUGGAGGUGUGUCGCUCGGACAGACCUGGGGGAUACACGAAUCCUUUUGGCUUUGUGCUUUUAUCGGCAAUGCUCAAUAAUAGAUUAUUAUGUGCUUUUUAGUGCAUAUUUGGGUAAGAUGUCCACACAGCCCCAUUUUAUGCACAAAUGCUCAACUCUAUUCAUGUUCACUGUUUGUGUGAAAAUGCAUAAGAUUGCCACAUGCACAACAAACGUAUGUGGCCAUGCGAAAAUCUUACCCAGAUUUGUGCUCAGAUAUUACUACUUGACAAAGUUUAUUGUUUCAGAUAUAUUUUAAUUUAAGAGUAAUGUACUGGUACUUUGUAAGUCUGGUCAACUCUAUGGUUUUUUAAGGAUGCUAGCCUAAAAUCUAAAACUAAAUAAGCGUGGCUACUUGCAUUGUUCAUUUAUGUAUACCUGUGGUUAUUUGUAGGACUUUUGGAAAAAACUUGGUCAGUUAGGACUUUUGGGAAUAACAGUACCAGGUCUGUAUUUAAAUUGAAGCAAUAUUUAAAUACCAAAAAUUUCAUUUAAUUGAAUGAGUGUACUGAUGUAAAGCAGUUUUCACGUUUUUAGUUGUUAUUUCUGUUUUACCCAAAGUAUUUUUUCUGAUCUAAUGUCUUAAGUAAAAUUUCAUUUAUGGUUACAAUAUUAAUUCACCUGUUCAUAUAUAUUAUACCCUCAUUUUCCCUUUAUUUUCCCUUAGAGAAACCUUUGUUAAUAAGACCCCAGAUUAAACUAGCACCCUUUCAGUACAGUGUUCAAUCUAGAAAACAAAAAGAACAAAGUCAACAAAUGAAUUGUGAAUCGAUCAGCUAAGUAACAUACACUGUUUGCAGAACAUUGAAAUGUACAAGACCUGUGAAAGACCUGACCUAAAAAACUACUCGUAAGCAUGAAGUCUGAAAUGAUAGUCAUUUCAUGCACUCAUUUCAGGCUAGUAAGCACACCUUUUGUAAAAUUUAUAUUUAUUUUUGACUGCUGCUUUGGAAGGACUUGUAUACAAGGUAACCUUUUUUUGCAUUAGUAAGACUUCACGAUAAUUUCAUUUUGCACCAGAAUUUAAUAUUCAGCGACAAUGAUGUAAAAACGUGGCCUAGAUUGAACACUGCUCUAUUAUUAACCUGACACCAGCAUCAGAAAGAGUAUCUACGUAAGAUUUUCAAUUAAGAGAGGCCCAUUCUUUUUAUGUUAUCUUGAUUCAGAUUUUACUUUACAAAAAUUACAUAUUGUGUUGUCCUUAUUUCCCAAAUCAAGGGAAUUUAGUGUAUCAUGUAAUAUUUUACUGUUUCCAGUCCCUGGCCAAUUUCCCUUGGCAUUAUACAGUAAAUUAUGGGCUUUAGGGUGUUACUAGAGUAGACACAAUUAUUCUGUUUUAAUACAGUGGCUGUUCUUUUCAUGAUGCUCUAACAGAGAAAUAUGACGGCACUGGCCUUGGAUACAUGGACCACUGUAUUGUCGUGGAAGAAAUGAGCAGAUUCUCAGCAGCUAUUGCUUUGAGUUAUGGUGCGCAUUCAAAUUUGUGUGUCAAUCAAAUUGCGAGAAAUGGCACUGAAGCUCAAAAAGAGAAAUAUCUUCCAAAGGUUAAUACAUAAAUACUGUAAAUAAAUGAAUUUAAUGUCACCUUCCAUUUUAAUUGUCCAGACAAAUGGCUGCAUGGUUACAUCAAAAUGUAGAUCAGACAAAACUAGGCAGCCCAGUCAAGAUGAUUCACAGUAGUAGGCAGGAUAACUAGAGAGACUGGCUACAAAGGUCUAAAUUUGUGUGGACUUUAUUUAAUGUUAUUAAAACCUAGUGUUGAGUAGGCAGCAAAAAAAUGAUUUCACUGGAAUAUCAAGGGCCAAAACUGCCAGCUGCUGGCUCAUUUUGAGAGGCUGCAAGAGUAAGGACUGCCAGAUGCAUUUUAAUCUAUUUCAAGGGACACUGCCUAGCAAUAAUUGGCCUGACUUAUGUGAUUCUCAUUGUGUGAUGACCUGAUCUCACUUCUCCUUGGAUGUUAAAGUGUCAAGCCAGUUUUUUUUGUUUUGUUUUGUUUUUUUCACACUUUUUCGGGGCAAGAAUGCAAUCAUGAUAGAAUUUACAAGAAGACAUAUAAUUAAAGAAAUAAAAGUAAUCAAUUAUAGUUACAAGAAUAAUUAAAAACAAUUGCUGAUCCCCAAAACAAUGAGAAAAAAACAAUGACAGCAGCACACCCAGGCCAAUACUCCAAGCUGCAACUUAAUGAUCUCUGUCAAGCUAGAGAGGUGCCCGCUUUAAAAGAGCAGGGGAAAAAACAGUGUGCAUAUGUACAUGCACGUGCUGCUAAGAACAUAAGUAAGUGUCUUCUUAGAAGGGGGACUAUCUGCCACCAAAAGGUUCCUAUUAUUAGCAGAACUUUGACUGUACUAAUGUUUUUCAAAAAAGGGCUCUUGGAAAAAUAUCCUAUAAGUCCUUGUUGCUCCCUACAGUCAACUCCCGUUAUAGCGGACACCCUCGGGACCGCGAGUUGGUGUCCGUAAAAGCGAGAGUCCGCGGGGUGCGAGAAAAUUUUUAUUUUAAACCAUAUUUACAGAAGGGGGUCACAUGUGUGUUCAUUUUCAUUAACUCCAGUACCUUUUUCAGACCCGUUCUCGCAAGUAAAGAGCGUCAGAACUUUGUUAACAAACAGAACAGAACUUAACAGAACGGGCAGUACCUUUUGUGUACUGUGUAGUUUUCUUCUAAGUACGUAAAAAACAAUCAUCGUAUGUUGCAGGAAUGUCCACCACACAUGCAUCAUUUUGGUUUCCUGCUGUACUGAAGUGCAGUAAUCUACAUUUCUAAAAAAAGUUAUUUUCAAGGAAAAACCUGAACAUCAGCUAUUGAUUGCAUCAGCUAUCACAUUGCCUUAAAAUAUCGUUCCAAUCGGCUCUGUGUACUUCUCCUUUGAAUUGCAUUACUUCCCCCACUUUGUCGCCAAGGAGACUAAAUUCAUUAGCAACCUUAAACUUCUCUAUGAAUCAAAAAAGCAGAAAUGUUUUGGACACUGUCCAGAACGUCCUUGAAACUUUUCAAAGUGGUUGUUUCGUUUGAACGUUCGCCUUCACCUGGGGUAUCUUCUUUUUCCAUUUCAUUCUCGUCGUCACUCUCUAUUUCCAUGACAUCGUGAGAAGCACCAAUGGCUUCCACAGCUGUUGCUUGGUAAGAAGACUGUAACAGGUUGGAAGUUCGUUAUCGGACUCCAGGUAAGUACCAGAAAAAAAGGACUAACCACAAAGCAACAGCAGAAAUCUGUGGAAAACAGAUCAAUCGAGGGUCUGGCUUGGGACUGGAACUUCCAGUUAUUUAUAAGAUUUACGGCAGAAGUAAAUAUUUGGACAGACUGGACGAACUUAUUCAUGGCAGCGAGACUGCAAAGAGGGCCUUAAGAGAAAAAGAUGAAGGAAUUUUGAUUGAUGGACAGAAGAAGCGGAAAUCGACCAAAAAAGACAAAGACAGUCUCAAAAAGCAGAAAAAAUAGACUUGAUAUGUGUGCAAAUAUUCCAAGAUGCUGCUCGGUGUCCGCUAUAACGAGAGAGAAAACAAUAAAAUUGUCACGUUGGGACCGAAUUAAGUGUCCGUAAGUCCGUAGUAGCGAGAGUCCGUAAUAGUGGGAGUUUAUUUCAGUCAAACGGCGGUAACUUUCGCCGGGGAUUUUGCUGCUGUCCGUAAUAGCGAGGUGUCCGCAAGGCGGGAGUUGACUGUACUUGUAAAUGUAUUUUCUUAUAUCUGUAUGCACAUUUUCUUGCAUAUAUAUGGUAUGGUAGGCAUAGAGAUAAAACAAUAACACUGUAAAAAACGUGUAUAUUUGCUUUUCAGCUCAUAUCUGGUGAGCACAUGGGUGCUUUAGCCAUGAGUGAAUCUGAAGCUGGAUCUGAUGUUGUGAACAUGAGAAUUAAGGCUGAGAAAAAAGGUACUGAUAUCUAGAAGGCCUUUAACACUACAUGUAGCUUUAUAUCAAACUCAGAAAACUAUGAUAAAGUGAUUGAAAUAUUUCGGGAAUAUUGAUUGUGAAGUGACCAAUCACACUUAAGUUCAGAACAUACCAGCAAACCUUAAUUACAAUCGCAAACUAGUCACUACAAUAGGUGACAAGAUUAGUUGAGACAUCUUGUCCUAAAGGGGCUUUCUGGCAUUUUACUGACUUCAAAAGAGGAAAAUAAAGCUUUUCCUCCCCCAUCCCCUACAUGCAAUGUUGUCAGCCACUGUUCAAGCUACCUAUUAGAAAACAACAAACACCCCAACUUUGAAUGAAGGGGUGGGGGAGGGGUUGGGAUUCCUUUGUUCUCUGAAGUUACAAUGUCUCAACAAUUGUUGCGCUCACAAUGUAGCUUACUUUUUGUUGCUUACUGUUUUCUCAUGCCAACUGGCUUUUCCCUGCAGCAAAAUAACAAUGAGCAAACAUUUUGUGAUGAAUGUGCGACAAGAGGCAACUUAGAGUCUCAUAUUAGUUACUGAAACUUAUAUCAUGUCAGAAACCUUACUUGGUCACUGAGGUUAAACUGUUAUGAGGUCCUACAGUAUUAGUGGCAUAAGCAAGCUUGAAUUCAAAGGCUUGAUGGUAGAAGUAUUGUUCAUUUUUAUGACUUGCCUAUGCCUAACUUGUCACCGUUUGGAGGAGUUUUUUGUGCGGAAAAAGGAAUGACAUUGGACAUGUUUCCCUAUACAUGUGUUGGUAAAUUAAUUAUAAUAAUUUGUAAUUGACAUGUGUCAAUUAAUAAUGCUCUGUUGUUUUAGGUGAUUACUAUGUUCUCAAUGGAAACAAAAUGUGGAUUACAAAUGGUCCUGACGCUGAUGUUCUUGUAGUUUAUGCUAGAACAGAUCCAAGCAAUCCUAAAAAACAGCAUGGAAUAUCAUGCUUCUUAAUUGAAAAGGUAUUCUUAGUGCGCACAGUACAUAAUUAUAUUAUUACAAGGAUCCUUGAAUUUUGAUGUCCCGACAAUGUUUUUUUGUGAAGUCUGUCAAUCUGUUGUAGGUAUUAAUAUUGUAAUACCUUGAUUUUAUUUUAAGUUGCUGGAUUAUGGUUCCCAUUUUUAUGUUGGCUGUCAAGCAGAGGAAGAAUUUGACAUACAAGAUUAAAACUCAUUAAUGAUGAGACCUUUUUCCAUGCUUCCUUCAUACUUAACAAUACUUACACACAGCUGUGAUUUUUAUACCAUUUACUAUUUUUGUACAGGGAAUGGAAGGAUUUUCCACAAGCCCUAAACUAGACAAGCUAGGUAUGAGAGGUUCCAAUACAUGUGAACUGGUGUUUGAAAAUUGUGAAGUUCCAGGUAUUUACAUUUUUGUUUAUACUAUUUUUAACUUGCAAUAAAAUAUAUUUCAUGAACCCUACAGUAUGUAAUGGGUAAUAUGAAUUUUAUCACUAACAAGUUUAAAAUCUCUCCCAGUUCUUUGAUGUUCCUGGUCAACUGCCAGUUACAGCAUAUUUUAUAAUCUCCAUAAUCUUUACCAUUUCUUGGGUAAAGCUGUUAACUUGAUCAUGUUCUCUGAAGGCAAAUAUAAGUAUAUGCCCCCACAUUUAAUACACAAUAAUUAUUUAUUUUCUAUGUAUAUUUUAUAAAUACAAACUGUUAUGUACCCUACAUCAUGUAUAUUGAUAAUCUAUCUAAGAGAGAUAAUUAAUUUAUUCAUAUCUAGACUAAGAGGGAGAAAAGCCAAAACCAAAAUGAUUCAAACUGCACAAAUUUCAGAUAUGAAUAUUUCUAUUUUCUCUUCCUUUUGUUGUAUUUGUGUGCAGUUGCAGUAGUUUUAGUUUUAUUUCAGUUAAUUUGUAUUUUUUUCCAUUCUCUUUGGGUAUGUUAAUGCUAAUGAACAUAAAACAAAGGAAAAAAAAAUAACUAAAAUAAAAAAUUAACUGCAACAUAUACAUUUUUGCUUACCAGUAAACAUUAUUUUAUAUCUGUUUUACAUAGCUGCCAAUAUUAUGGGUGGAGAAAACAAAGGUGUUUAUGUUCUUAUGAGUGGUUUGGAUUUGGAAAGACUGGUUUUAGCAGCAGGACCUGUAGGGUAUGUAUGUUUUACUAUUCCUAAAUAUUGUGAUGAUGAGCAGUUAGAGAAGCCUGAUUAAAUAAUUCUCUACAACUGAGAAACAAAACAUUACAACUGCAUCACAGCAAAGUUUUUAAUUGUCGGAAACUACUUCUCUAUUGACAAACAUUUUUUGCUUAUUAGAACUAUAUUAAUUUCAGGCUUGGCCUUCUCCUAUGAAGUUAUUAAAGCAGUUAUGGUGAAAAUGGUUUUGUCCUUUUGUUGCUUUAGUUUGUUAGUCCUCAUUGUUCAUGAUUAUCAUGAGAGCCCUAGUUAUAUUUCAUGAUAUAUAAAGGAAACUCACAUUGUAGCCUCUUGAGUAAAGUCGAAUAAGUGUCAAAUAAUAUUGUACAUGAAUACACGGGUUUCCUGCAUUAGAAACCUUGCUUGACAAUUCCAAUCGAAAAAAAAUGCUAAUCUAAAAAGUACUUUGCAGUGGUUAUAGUACAAAUUGUGUCAAAGAGUUUUAAAUUCUGUAAUAAAGUUUUACAUGCAUGUACAUGUACAUGAAGUUAUAGGAACAAUAAUUUUGUUGUCCUUUUUAUCAAGCCAUCAGUCUUAUGCAGGCAUGUGUCGACGUCUCCUUUCCAUAUGCCCAUGUGCGAGAUGCUUUUGGCAAAAAAAUUGGUGAGCACCAGGUAAUCCUCUCCAAUGCAUCAUCAACUGCUGCCGCAGUUUGUUUUUUUACUAUUAUUACGUAUUUCUAUAAAAACUCAGAGUUGUUAUAGGCAUCAUUAGUUUGCAAAGGUAUUGGAACUAACAUUACUCUAGUCCACAGCUCAAAAUAAUUUUUGGACAGUUGCCGGUCAUGUUGACUGGCGUAACUUAAAGUUUAGGUUCUGGUCUCGUUCCUGACCAGUCAUAUUCUGACAAAGCCACAGACUGAGGUCAUCAGAUGAAUUUAUAACUGCAAGCGGCUAAAAUGUUUUAUGAUUGAACUGUUUUUGUGAUUUAAAGAAUCAUUAUGUGAAUAAAUCUGUUUUCCCAGGUAUUUAUUUGAAAGCCAUGUACUUUGGACCAGUCAAGAUGACCAGCCAGUUAACUGAAAGUUUGUCCAGACUUGUAAAUGCUCAUCUGACCUCAUCUUGGCCAGACAUUGUCCAUUGACCGGCCAUUAUUUUGAGCACUGUAAUCUAAGUUGGGUUGUGAAUACCUUUGUGUUUUCUGCUCACCCAACCACACUCUGAUUCACAGUCUGCAUUUCUCCUUUUUUCAUUAGUCAAUACCCCUCCAGAGUUGUAUAAAUAUUGCUUUUUGUUUUCAGUUAAUCCAAGCUAAGAUGGCUGACAUGUACACACGUCUUAAUGCAUGUAGGAGUUAUGUAUACUCUGUUGCUCGUGCUUGUGAUGCUGGACAUGUCAACACUAAGGUUUGUUUAAAAUUCUUCAGUAGAUAAAUGAUUUAGAAAUGUAUUGUAAUGCCCCCCUUUACCAUCUUGGAAGUUGCUAAUCUGCAGUCAGACAACUCUCCUGUCUGCCAAACAUAGGAUAAUAUUACUAAAUGUAGUCUGUCUCCCUCUAGUCACAGGUACCUUGCAAGUAGAGGUUGCUCUCUCGCAUAGAUUUUAGCGUCUACAAAGUAAUUCACAUGGCUUGUCUGCCACGCAGUUGGUUUUGUCUUCGCCCUGUGAGAAACUACACAAACAGACAAGCCAUGUCAGAAACGACUCCAUAAAUGCUAAAAGCCAUGCAAGAGAGGGUAGUGGUGGGAAUUUUUCUGGGCCCAGUUGUUCGAAGGCCGAUUGGCACUUAACCCGGGGUUAAAUUUAACCCUGGUUUCUUUUUCUUGUGCUCAAAAGCAUUUUCUCAGAGAAUUUUAUCUGUUAUUUUUAGAGCUUCCAAUUGUCAACUUGUAGACAAAAAGAAUUAAAACUGAAAUGCUUUUUAAACUUUCAAAUCUGAAUUCAAAUCUCGCACUAACCCUGGGUUAUCUUAACCCAGCUUUGAACAACUCGGCCCUGGUGUAACUUCCUUGAUGUGGAUCCUAAGCUGAAUCAGUUUGGGUCCCCUCUAGGAAUUCACUCCAGGAUCAGUCUGUUUUACUGCUUUCUAGUCUAAUUUGCCUUAAUUGUAAGUGUAAUAAUAAGCGGGAAAAGCAUUCAAAUGCCCUGAAGAAAGGGGGCAGAAGGGACCUCAGGUACCUUCUUCUCUUUUAGCCUGCAUCACAGAAAGUUGUACAUCAGAUAUUGUGGUAAUUUGCCUGGCUGUACCCCAGGCUAAACUUGUUUUGGCUGUUUUCCCAUUCAAGAUCAUGUGAUGUUCCCGAAUAAAUUCCACUUUUUUCUUGUGAAUGAAACAGUACUGUUUUCUAGGGUAACGUCACGUGCUCUAUCAAAAGAUAGGCUCUUUUGACACCCCUUUACUGCAUAUAGAGCAAUACCAUGUUCAUAUCAAAUGCCAAUAUUUUGAUCUAAUUUUCUUUGGUAGGACUGUGCAGGUGUGAUUCUAUAUGCAGCUGAGAAUGCCACACAGGUCGCAUUAGAUGCUAUUCAAAUUCUAGGUAAGAUUAACCAGAAAACCGUUCUGUGAAUACUGACUUCUGAUUGGAUAAAAUUAAGCGCCGCGGGAGUCAUGCCAUAUACGGGAUUUACAUCACAUUAUGCAAAACAAGGUUGCGUUAGGCCUGUUAACACGCAACAUGCACAGUUUUUGUUGCAAAAAGUAGAACCACUCUCUACUUCUGCAACAUAUUUCGCAGCCUGCAAUAACCUGAAUUGUUUCAAGCCAGGUUUGGUUAUUAGGUGUUAAAACGCGCAACAUCGCUACUCAACUCGUUUUUCAGCAAUGUCAGCUUCCAUUCUUCCCGCGUUAAAUGAUAUUUAGGAUAAACUUUAACGAGCUUCCAUAGUCUUUUGCUCGUAGAUUAUUGCAAUCAAGGUAGCUGCAAAGUCAGAGUUUUUACAAAGACUGUCCCGGGCAAAUCUUGGGACUUGACAGUUCUUGAAUUCGCCGCGCUUAAAAGUCCGUGCUCUCCACCAAGCCUUGGGAAAGUCUAACGUUUAGGCGGGCAUCUUAGUUGUAUGUAGCAUUGAUAAUAAUUCUUAUUUUGGUCUCGUCCUUUUACCCAGGUGGAAAUGGUUACAUAAAUGAUUAUCCUACAGGAAGGUUUCUUCGAGAUGCUAAAUUGUAUGAAAUUGGUGCUGGUACAAGUGAAAUAAGAAGAUGGUUAAUAGGCGAGAAAAUCAACUCUGAGUUUCUUUAACAUUAUCUGCAAUACUCCUCAGUGAUCUGACACUAUUCAUCUUCCACGGAAAUCUUGGACGUUUGAAGCGAAUAUUUUCUUAAUCAGCUGGCAGUCCAACCUCACGAUAUGAUAACAAGGAAAGUUUGGUGGCCACGAAGUAACCUUUCAAUGGCUAUCAAUGAACAUAUGGGGGAGGAGUGGGGGGGGUAUUUGAGGGGUUGGAAACUGAG